GGGUUGAUUAUUGCAAUGUUUGACUACAGCCGGCAUUUCAAUAGAUUGUAGAGAUUUGGAAAAUAAACUGAAAUCUCUUUGACAGAUAAAGUCAGUUAUUUCUUAAGACUUAUCCUGGAGUUUGCUAGUUAAAUAUUGCGUGAACAUUUCCCCACGGUUGUUACAUGGUUGUAGGUGUCUGCGAUAAUGACAGAGGAUACAAUAUAAGUACCGAAAAGGAAUGUCGGCAGUGCAGACGUGGACGCUGUGGCAACGGAUGCCUCCUAGGUACCAGUUGACUACACACACGUUUGACAACGAUGCCGACGAUUUUACUGUCAUUGGUAACGCAACAGACAGGACACAGAGUCCUCGAACGCUUCCAUCUUCGAGGCCAGUUUCUAGCGGUCGUCGGACCAGUCGCCCUGACUCCCGGUCUUUAUCCUUCAGAGAGACGUACAGAGAAACGACCAGAGAUACGCACAAGGACAGCUUCAUGCUCUCCAGUAAUCAAACUGACCUAGUUCAAAAUGAAAUAUCCAGAGCAUUAAAGCAGCAGACGUCAAAGAGUUUCUCUUUUCCCAAGAGGAACUCCGAUUAUGUAAGCACUUUUCAGAAGCAGAGGCGGGUCAACUCUGCACGACGACGUUUAGCGGAAGCGCCACCUUCACCUAACGUCACUGCAUCACAACAGACUCCGGAAGUUUUAACUUCACCGCGCGCACACACUGCACCGCAAUUUCCGGUGACAAACCCUGAAACACACAAAGAAAAACAGCCAAAGAUCAGCGAAACAGCUGUACCAGAUGCAAAAUCAUUGCGUAUAAAUAUUAAAUCAAAAUCUAUCGGUGAACCGAGCAAAGUGGACAUGUUUCAAUUUGACGAUACAAAGUCAGUGUCAAGUACAACAAGCUCGGUGCAUAAAUCUCGUGAUUCAGAAACAAAAGCGAAAAAAUACGUAGUUCAAGAUACAGAUCGAGCGACAGUUUACCUAGACAGUGGUAAAGUAAUGUAUUUUGGAAAAUCCAGACAUGACUUAACUCAGUUACUGAAGACACAGUCAUUACGCGCGGACAGAAGUAAUUGUUUUCUUGCUGAAAUACGUCGGGAUUAUCUGAAACACCCAAAAUACGACCGCGGCCGCAACACUCACAAAAAGCCCGAGAAUGACCCAAGACGUAUUGCAAAUGAAAGGGUUGAUUAUAACCGUAGGGUAGAACAUAUUCUUAAUUAUUACGAUGAAAAUGGAAAUAUCGCUAAGCCUUCUCAAUCUCGCCCUACCUCUGGUCUCAGAGUGAAGUCACCAAAAGGCGCACGUGUAAAAGGAUUAUCUUUAACCCCGGCAGCCCCAUCACGGCCACCGUCACGGACGCCUUCACCGGAUCCCUUGGAUGCAAACAGUGAUUUCAUUAGGUUAAACAGGCAGUUAAAGUUACAUGAACGACAGUUCUACCUACGCACACCCGGCAUGCAGCACGGGAACAGCGUGGCUGACUUGGAUAAAUGCCGUUGCAGUAUGUGCCGAAUGGAACUCCAACUAGCACUAGUCACCGGAUUCGUAGCACACACGGGGCUUAAUAUGAAAGCGAACGAGGCCGUUGCUGAUCCAGAUCAGGCUGAGAAGAAAAAAGAUACUGAUUUUUCAAACAAUCCAAAGGAAAAAUCAAACGAAUUCAUUAAAACAAAUAAAAAGAAUGUAAACGGAAAGAAUUCCACACAAAAGGUAUCUUUUCAACAUCCUGAGGUUGAAUUAGUCGCACAAGCCCAGGAAACUAGAUUCAUCAGUUGUAAACUUCCGGAAGUAGAUCAGGUGACUGUCAGUGAAUCGGGAUUUGAAAGUGCUAGAACCCAUGACGUUGUUUCUACUGGUCCGGACGAUAUUGAUACGGAAUUGUGACCAAGCAGCUUACACAUUUAACUUUUCGUUAUUUUAAAUGUACAGUGUAUUUAUCUCUAUAAUGGAAUCUCAUUAUACUGAUAUAAGAGGUGUUGUACAGUAAGAAUAAAUUCUUCUUGAUUAAAACAUGGGUGUUUAAGGGAAAUUAUUCAAAACAGAAAUAGUUUUAAGUAUUUACAAAGAAUAACGUGUUUAACCUGUUACUGCUACAGUUAGGACAGUCAUGCUCUAACAAUAUUUGAAAUGAAUGGCGAACUAUCAUUAAAAAAUAAAAAUGAUUCCCGAACUUCAAGUUAUACUAUCAACUGUCUACUUUAAGAACAUUUGCGGAGAAGCAAUCUACAAAAUGUAAAACAUAACGAACUGUAGGCCUUAUCAAAUACAGGAUGUACACUCGCUUAGGAAGUUCAAGUCUUUAAAGACUCCUAGACAUUUUUUAUUAAAAAUUUAAAGUAUUAA